GGCCUCCUAUAACGGAACAGGGAGUUGCCGUGCCGCUGCAGACGGAGUGAGGAGGUCGGUGCAGGGACCCAUGGAACCAGUGAUCCACACGUUUCCUAGUUCACGAUGCGCUUUACGGAUCCGUUAAGAUGUUCGUGUUACCAGAUCAUCAGCUGUCUGUUCGCCUUCCACUUUUACGACUCAAGCUUCGCACAGGAUCCUUCGUGUUGCCAACACGCAGCUGAGCACUCUGUGUGUAGAGAAGCAUGUGAGCAGCUGGGGACCAUAAAGAGCGAGUCCCGUCUGAAACACCUGCUCCUGCGGCUGCCUGGCUACUGCCCGGUGUCCAUGAAUGAAUUGUGGAUCUGCGUCAACUCCACUCUUCCCGGCGUGUCCAGGAGGUCUGACGGCUGGGUCGGCCUGGGCUGCUGUGAGCUGGCCAUGUCAGUGGAGUGUCGCAGGGAAUGCAAGCAGGCCGCAUCCAAAAAUGACAUAACAAAAAUAUGCAAGAAAGAUGCAGAGAAACCUCUUUACAGCUGCAUCACAAAAAACGAAAUGGGCUCCACGUGCUGCAGCUACGCGGGCCGCCACACCACCUGCAGGGAGUACUGCCAGGCCAUCUUCCGGACGGACUCCUCGCCCACGGUGUCGCAGAUCAACGCCGUCAAAGACUACUGCCAGAGCCACAGUACCCAGCUCAUCGGCUGUGUGGGCAACUACACCAAGUCGUACCCCAUCCGCAACCCCAUCGACAGCCUGUACUGCUGCGACCGGGCGGAGGACGCCCACUGCCAGGUGGCGUGCCGGCGGAUCCUGCGGACCCUGAGCACGGAGCAGGAGAUCAUGGAGGGGCUGAUCGAGCAGUGCCGCUCGCAGCCGCUGCCCCAGGACCCCAUGUGGCAGUGCUUCCUGGGCAGCGCGCAGCCCCCCGCCAAGCCGCACGAGGAGCCCCUGCCCCCCGCUAAGAUGGACCGGGCCAAGCUGCACUGCUGCUCCAAGGCCAACACCUCGCUCUGCAGGGACAUGUGCCAGAAGGUGAGCACCAACUGGGGCAGCCAGACGUGGCAGGAGUUCCACCAGCUCUGUGAGUACAAUGUGGUGGAGACGCAGCUGAUCGCCUGCCUGGCCGACGUCAGAGAGCCCUGCCAGCUGGGCUGCACCGGCCUCAGCUACUGCUCCAACUUCAACAACAGGCCGACUGAGCUGUUCCGCAGCUGCAGCGUCCAAUCAGACCAGGGUGCUAUGAAUGACAUCAAGCUGUGGUCCAAUGGGACGAUCAAGAUGCCCUUCAUGAACAUCCCGGUCCUACACAUCAGGAAGUGCCAGCCGGAGAUGUGGACGGCGGUGGCGUGCGCUCUGCAGAUCAAACCCUGCCACAGCAAGUCCCGGGGGAGUGUCAUCUGCAAGUCGGACUGCGUGGACAUCCUGACGCAAUGUGGGGACCUGAAGCGCUUCCACCAGGGCCAGACCCCCGAGAGGAUCUGUGAGCUGCUGUCGCCCGUCGACGACCCGGAGAGCUGCAUCCCCCUACACAGAUACCUCAACCCCAGCUCCCUGGCCAACAGCGCCAGAGGGGAGGUCACCCACCCGUGUAACCCCAACCCGUGUCCCAGCAACCACCUGUGUCAGGUCAACCGGAAGGGUUGCCCUGACGACUUCAACUGCCAGCCCUUCUUCUGUGUACCAGGCUGUAAACUGGGCGACGCGUCGGACUUCCUGGUCCCGAUGGACACGCGGCUGCAGGUGCCCGUGCUGAGCCCGGGGGCGGGUGGCCAGGCGGACUGCUUCGAGGUGUGCGUGUGCGGGGCCAGCGGCCGCCUGGAGGACUGCAAAGAGAUGCCCUGUGUGGACACCAGCAAGGCCUGCGUGGUGGGAGGGCAGAGGAAAAGCCACGGGACCCCCUUCAGGGUGGACUGCCACCCCUGCUCAUGCUUCGCGGGGGAAACCAUCUGCUCCAGCAGACAGUGCUACAGCCCGGACAGCUCGGACCAGGAACGCCAGCGCUUCACUGGUCUGCCGUGCGGCUGUCCUGACCACUUCGUCCCGGUGUGCGCGACGAACGGCCGGACCUAUCCCAGUGCCUGUGUGGCGCGCUGCAUGGGCUUCAAGGACCACCAGUUUGUCUACGGCCACUGCCGUCUCAACGAGCCCUGCUCCUCCAAGCCCUGCCAGAGGAACCAGAGGUGUGUUCCAAAGCGCCGUGUCUGCCUGAGCGACGCCACCGACUUCCCCUGUCGCCAGUACGAGUGUGUGGUCCGCCCCGCGGGCUGUGACAGCCAGCUGGACCCUGUGUGCGACACGGAUGGCGUGGUCCACACAAACCUCUGCAAGCUCCACCAAUCAGGGAAGGCCCUGGCAUACAUGGGGCAAUGCCAGGAGGACUGCAGGAAGCCGCAGCCUGUCUGUGGGCAGAACAGUGAGACCUACAACAGUGUGUGCGAGGCCUUCUCGGACCGCGUGGCCGUGGACUAUGAGGGCCCCUGCCACGCCGUGGGGGCGGGGGCAGACUACGCAGUCGGCUCCGGCUGUGACCUGGUCGCCUGUCCAGCGCCGUCCCACCCGCACUGCGUCCCGGUCACCCCGCCUGGAGCCUGCUGUCCUGUGUGUGCCAGCGUCCUGCGGGUCCUCUGGAACCGAGAGCAGAUGAACGUCUUCGCCAAGUUGGACCGUGACCGGCCCGUGACGGUCCAGGACGUGCUGCAGAUCCUGCGUCUGCACGUGUCGGUGCCGCAGUGCGACUUGUUCGGCUACCUGAGCAUCGACCACGAGCUGGUGGUGGUCAUCGCUCACCUGGACGACCGGCCCACCCGCCUGCAGGUGGAGGCCUGCAGCAAGGAGGCGGAGAAGAUGGACUCGCUCAUCAACUACGGAAGCCCCACGCUGGUCUCCCACGCGCCGCUCUCCUCCUUCCUGUCCGCUGAGACCAGGGUGCCUGUCCUGCACCCGUCUGGAGCCACCGCCUGCUCCCCGCCCUCGCUGCUCAGCGUGUUGCUCCUCCUGGGACUCCUCCUGUCCAGCACCAUGUGACCGUCCUCCUCCUGUAGGCCAUAUGACCCUCCCCCCUCCUCCUCCUCCUGUAUGCCAAUUUACCCUCCUCUUCCUGUAGGCCAAUUGACCCUCCUCUUCCUGUAGGCUACUUUACCCUCCUCCCCCUCCCCCUCCCCCUCCUCCUCCUCCCCCUCCUCCUGUAGGCUGUGUGAUCCUCCUCCUCCUCCCCCUCCUCCUGGUGGCUGUGUGAUCCCCCUCCUCCUCCUCCUCCUCCUCCUUCUCCUCCUCCUCUUCCUCCUCCUCCGCCUGUAGGCCGUGUGAUCCUCCUCCUCCUCCUCCUCCUCCUGUAGGCCAUGUGACCCUCCUCCCCCCCCCCUACGCCUCCUCCUCCUGGAGGUCUUGUGAUGGUCCACCCCCCUCAGGGACCUCGGCUCUGCUGGACCACUCGGCCUCCAGCGAUGGAAACAGACCGAGAAGAUCCAGGAGACUCGGUUUCCAUGGCAACGCGCUUCGCACCAGACAGACCACAACGUUGAAUAUUGAAGGGAACUGCAACAGGAUGAAGUAUUACUGUUAAGAACAUCCUCCAGAACGUCCGCAGUGCAACCUCAAGUUCCUUCUUGUUUUGCUUUUAUGGAGCAAGAAAAAAAAUACCAAAACAACACCACCACCACCGUUAGCUAGGCGGAGCUUCAACUCUCCCUCUGAUGUGGAGUCGCCGGCGUAUUACACAAUCAAGUUUUAUGAUUAAUAAUAGAGCUGUUAUUGCUGUUAUGAAGAAGGGGGUAUGCAGGACAGUUUCAUUUAGAAUCAAAUGGUGUGUGUGUGUGUGUGUGUGUGUGUGUGUGUGUGUGUGUGUGUGUGUGUGUGUGUGUGUGUGUGUGUGUGUGUGUGUGUGUGUGUGUGUGUGUGUGUGUGUGUGUGUGUGUGUCAUGUUGGUUCUUGUCCUCCAUCUUUGUUUUACUGUCAAAACCAUCCUUUAAUUCUCCUUGCAUAUGUGGUUGUUUUGCAAGAAACUUCCAAAAUGCCGAAUAUAAAUCUUCCCAGGGAAUUUGCACAUACAGAGAUAGAAAAGCUCCCUGCGAACACAGAGAUGUUAGGAACUAAUUGUUUAUUUACGUUGUAGCAAAACAAAUUGCUACUUUUCAUAAAUGAUAUAUUUGAUUGUUUGACCUAUAUUGCCUAAUGUAAAUACGAGUAACGGCCGGAUGUCUGAACCUUUAACCUCAUCAGUGUUAUUGUCCCUGGUCCAGGGCUUCUAGUGAAGAUGCCAGAUAGCUCAAAGGAAACUCAUGCUGGAGUCAACAUUUGCUCUUUGGCCGCAAAGUUAAAAGCAGCCUUUAAAUCUGCGUUUAAGAGGCAUUCUUUAAAUUGCUAGUUUGCAUUAUUCCUUGCUUCAAGAGAGUUGUAUUGUUGGCACAUUUGAAGUAUUAAGAAACAGACAUUAAACUUUGUAUCAAAAGAGGAUCCACAGCCAUUCAAUGACCAAUGACAAUCACUUAAUUCCUCCCAUAGUGCAGAGGGAUCUCCAAAUACAUGUUAUGAGUCAUGAAAAUGCAAUACAUUUUUACUUUUGUACUUUUGGUUUUUACAAGUGUUUCUAAUUGGUGUGUCUCUGAAAUGGACAGCAAAAACAAUCACCUAUUUGCCACGUUACUUUUUUUUUAAAUAUAAUUAGUUCUUAUUGAUGAUUAUUCUGUAUGCAUGGACAUUUUGAAGUAAUAUUUUCCCAGAAUGUAUAAUUUUGUGUUCAUGCCAGUCUGACAGUAUUACAGAGCUGCACAAUUCCCUAGAAGUCCAGCUAUUAUUGCUGUUUUUAUUUUUGUUGACCUAUGACCUAUGGUUUGUCCAGUAUUCAAGCUGAACUGGAUUAUUCCAGUUGUACUCCAUACAGUGCCUGAGUACUUAUCCUACAAAGUGAACUCUACUGAGAACCAUCUUGCUUGUCAGUGAACAGCCUAGGAGGGCUUUGCCCUCCACAUGUUAAGACGGGGCUUUAGCCGUCUACGGUUUUGGAUUUCUAGCUUUUAUGCGACCCGAUGCAAAUGUAGCACCAGUAUCGACAUUCAAGUCCAUUCAGAAAAGAACAGUAUGUAAACAAUUUUGUGUUUUACAGUGAAAGGUACAAUCUGUAACCCAAAUAAAAGAAAAAACAAAUGUA